AUGUCGUCUAUCAAACCCAUCAAAAUCUACGGUCAACAUGGCCCCAACCCCCCCAAAAUCGCCAUGCUAGCCAAAGAACUCAACCUCCCCCAUGAAAUCGAACCCAUCAGCUUCCCCGACCUCAAGAAGCCCGAGUUCCUCGCCAUCAACCCAAACGGGCGCAUGCCGGCCAUCUACGACCCCAACACCGACCUGACGCUCUGGGAAUCCGGUGCGAUUAUCGAGUACCUGGUUGACCGGUACGAUGAGCAGCGUAAGCUGAGUUUUGAACCUGGGAGUAAGGAGACGUGGUUGGCGAGGCAGUGGUUGUAUUUUCAGGUCAGCGGCCAAGGCCCCUACUUCGGCCAAGCCGUCUGGUUCACAAAAUACCACUCGGAGCAACUCCCCAGCGCCCAAAACCGGUACUACCAAGAAAUCAAGCGCGUCACCAGCGUGCUCGAAUCCCACCUCAAGCAGCAGCCCAAAGGCAGCGACGGGCCCUGGCUAGUCGGCGGCAAGUUUUCGUAUGCGGAUUUGGCGUUUGUGCCGUGGCAGCUUGGGGCUAUGAAGAUGUUGGCGGAUAAGGUUGAUUUGAGCGAGUUUACGGAGGUCAAGGGAUGGAUUGAGAGGAUGAUGAAGAAGGAGACGAUUUCGGGGACUAUGGCGGCUGCGGUGCCGACGUAG